CUUGACUCCCUUAGCUCCCUAAAGCAACCGGCAUUUUACACCUUACCUGAGAAACUUUCUCUCUGCGCCGCUCUCUCCCACUGAAAAAAACCUUCAAUUUGGCUGGUGUAAGAAGAGCACGGGCUUCUUCGCUCCUCCUUUUUACUUCUUGAUGUUUUUAUCUUCUGGGUUUUUUCCUUUUCGUUUGAGACCAUAUCUAUCGCCUUGUGCGAUUAUUCUCUCUUUUUCCCACCUUCACUGCCGGGGUUUACCAAAGACCGGAAUAUGAAGGACAAAUUCAACGAUUGACGGUGGAGGAAAUUGUUCAACAAAAUAGUUCUGUGCUGAAGUAAUGUUCAAAAUCGGUACAUGGAAGUGAACUUCGUCACAAGGAAAGUCCGUUUUCUUGCCUGCGUUCUUUCUUGGGAAGCUUCAAAUUCAAGUACAAAGGCAAGCCAAUCAGAAAGCUAAUCUGGCUGCAAAAUGGGCUGCGGCUCACAAAUCUUAUAGAUACACUCCCGGAAGCUCUUCUUUGUAUUCCUUUCUUACUUCUUGUUUGUUGCUCCUUUUCCUUCUUCCUCUAUUGCAUUUUUCUGUAAUUAAUAACUGCGGUACUGCAAAUUAGAGAGGGAUGGGUAGCAUGAUGACUGAUCACCAGCCAUUGCUCUUAUUUGCUCUGCUUUCAAUCCUGUCUUAUUACAGAGCAUGCUUCUCCAUAGCUGCUGAUACCCUUUCCCCAGGUCACUCUCUCUCUCAUUCAAAGAGAGAGACCAUAGUAUCUAAAGGUGGCACUUUUGAGCUCGGUUUCUUCAAACCAGGCAGUUCAUCAAAAAUAUACCUGGGCCUAUGGUAUGAAAGGUUUCCUGACGAAAUUGUUUGGGUAGCAAAUAGAGAAAACCCUCUGUAUCGCCCAUCUUCCUCAAGACUUUACCUCUCAGAAAAUGGCAAUCUACUCCUUUUUGAAGGUUCCUCCGAGAUCCCAGUUUGGUCAACAAAUUUGACAUUUCCCAAGUCAAAUAUAACAGAAGCAGUACUUGGUGAUGAUGGAAAUUUUGUUUUGAGAGGUAGAUCGAACACCUCUUCUAUAUUUUGGGAGAGUUUCGACCAUCCAACCGAUACAUAUCUGCCUGGUAUGAAGCUUCGGCUCAAUAAGGUUACUGGAAAAUCACAGCAAUUCAUUUCAUGGAAAAAUUCACAAGAUCCAGCACCUGGUCUCUUCUUGGCGGGGUCAAACCUAAAUGGAAGCCCUCAGCUUUUCUUAGAGUGGAACAGAUCCCAAAUUUAUUGGAGAAAGGAAGUUUCAAAUAUUAUUAAGGAAAGAACCAGUAUCUUCAAUUGGAGCAUUGAGUCAACUACAAAUGAAAGUGAGAGAUAUGUUACAUACUCUCUUUAUAAUCCGUCUAACCCUGCAAACUAUCGGAUUGACCAAACAGGACGGAUCAACACACGUGUGUGGGACACUGGCCCUUUAUGGCGUACAUUUUCGAAUACACCAGGGAAUCUAUCUGAUGUCUACGCUAUCUGUGGUGCAUUUGGCGUGGUACAAUACCCUGACAAUUCCUCAUACCCUUGUGGGUGUCUAAAAGGUUUCAAACCAUUUUCGAUGGAAGACACCGGACUAAAUGAUUGGUCAGGCGGCUGUGUGAGGAAAUCUCCUUUGCAAUGUGAGAAUAAUAUGUAUGCUAAUGGCAAAAAAGAUUGGUUCAUGAAAAUAUCAAACAUGCGAUUGCCUGUUUAUUCGAAAGCAUAUUUGGCCGUGAAUGCUAGCAGAUGCGAAUUGGCUUGUAUGGAAAAUUGUUCUUGCGCAGCUUAUGCUUAUAAUAGGAGUGGGUGUAUGAUAUGGGAAGGAGCUCUUUUGAACUUACUGCAACUUCCAUAUGGUGGCGAGAGUGGACAAGAUAUCUAUCUCAAACUUGCUGCUGAUGAGUAUCAAGAUCCAAGUACCAAAGGCAAAAAAUGGAAAGUAUGGGUAGCUGUGCUGCUCCCUACAACAGGGCUUAUCGUAUGCCUCUCAAUUUACUUUUCAUGCAAACACAAAGAUCCCCACAAGCUUCACCAUGUCUUCCGGAAGGAGCUUUGCAGUUAUUUGGUCAUUUCACUCAAAUGGGAAUGA